UCAAAGAUAUAUCUUCGUUAGACCUACGAAAGUACAAUAGUACAUAUUGGCCGAAGACUCUUGUUUGCGCUAGUUUGAUCAUAGCCAUUUAAACGACGUCAACGAUGGAAAGGAUGCUGGUUCACGAUUUUAUAAUAUGAUACAGCCACGACUGAAAGAUAUUUACGAAGUUGAAAUGGGAAAUUUGCAUCGAUCACACAUUACGUUUCAAUGAAAAUUGCGAAUCGGUUGUAGUUGUGUAUGAUCUGAAUGAUAAGGGAGUCGAAGUAUGAUUUAGGAAGUAAAAUAAAGGAGAACAUGUUAUAAAUGCACAACGUGAGAAAUAAACCAUGCAAGUCAUACAAAUAGGAAUAUUAUUAACUGUUGUGUUUCUGAAGUGUGUUUCUGGGGAUGGUUUCCAUUCUACACUUGGACACCUCAAGGCACGAGCAAGUCCUCAGAUUCAGGCACAAUCUGCAGUCGGGGUUAUCGAACGCCUUUUAAAAAAUAAAACCAGACUGUUUCAAGUGACAGUUGAUCCCAAGUUGGGGCCUGUCGGGAAGGACACUUUUAAGAUUUUGAAAGAAGAGGGAACGGACAAGGUGAACAUUGUGGGUACAAGUGGGGUGGCUGCAGUGUGGGGGUUCCACCACUAUUUGAAAUACUACUGCUUCAGCCAUGUGUCAUGGGAUUCUGACCAACUUUCUCUUCCUGAGGAACUACCAUCAGUCAAUAUUAUUGUCACAUCAGCUGAUAGGUUCAGAUAUUACCAGAAUGUGUGUACCACAAGCUACAGCUUUGUGUGGUGGGACUGGCCCCGCUGGGAAAGGGAGGUAGACUGGAUGGCCCUCAAUGGGAUCAAUCUGGCCCUGGCAUUCACUGGGCAGGAGGCGAUCUGGCAGCGUGUGUACAGUGAGCUGAACCUCACACAGGAAGACGUGAAUGAACACUUCAGUGGCCCUGCCUUUCUGUCAUGGUUGCGGAUGGGCAAUAUGCGAGGUUUUGGUGGCCCGCUCCCUGAUUCAUGGCACGCCAAGUCACUGUCCUUGCAGCACAGAAUCCUCGCACGCAUGAGAGAAUUGGGAAUUGUACCUGUUCUGCCUGCUUUUGCGGGACAUGUACCACGGGCAUUUAAACGUUUAUACCCAGACACUCCGAUGACCCGUAUGGCAGACUGGAACCGUUUCCCAGAUGAAUUUUGCUGUCCAUUUGUUCUUGAGCCCACCGACCCAUUGUUCAGGAGAGUUGGAAAUAUGUUUAUCUCUGAACUGGUUGCAGAGUUUGGUACAGACCAUAUUUAUAACUGUGACCCAUUCAAUGAAAUGACACCUCACACAUCAAAUGUGACAUACUUCUCUCAAAUUAGCAGCGCCAUCCUGACAGCUAUCACUGAUGUGGACCCUGAUGCUGUGUGGUUGAAGCAGAACUGGGGGUUUGUUCAUGAUAUGAUAUUCUGGACCACAGACAAGGUUAAAGCAUUCUUAACAGCGGUUCCACCUGGCCGAAUGAUUGUUCUGGACUUGCAGUCAGAGUUGAACCCACAGUACAGGAGACUGCACUCUUACUAUGGACAACCAUUUAUUUGGUGCAUGCUGCACAACUUUGGAGGCACUCUUGGUCUCUAUGGAUCUGUCGGAAAUGUCAAUACUGGUGUGUUUGAUGGUCGAGGUUUGGAGAAUGGUACAAUGGUAGGCACUGGGCUGACCCCUGAAGGCAUCAAUCAGAACUAUGUGAUGUAUGAUCUGAUGAAUGAAAUGGCAUGGAGGACAGAGCCAGUGAACCUAUCCGAGUGGUUUUCUGCUUAUGCCAGGAGAAGAUACGGGGCAGUAGACACACAUGCAGACAAUGCUUGGCAGCUGCUGAAGUCCGGUGUGUACAGUUUCACUGGGAUGAGGAAAGUACGAGGGAAGUAUGUUAUCUGUCGUCGACCCAGCCUUCAACUUCGUCAAUGGGUAUGGUACAAUACAACAGAACUGGCAACUGCCUGGGAUGAACUGCUGAGUGCUUCACCUCAGCUUCAUGGUGCCGCAAACUAUCAACAUGAUCUAGUUGACGUAACUCGACAGGCCUUGCAGGUGCUUGGUGGUGAUCUCUACAACAUCAUAAUGUCUGCUUUCAGGCAGGGAAAUGUCUCAGGCUUCCAGCAGAGUGCUAAGCUGUUUCUGAACCUGUUGGCAGACCUGAAUGUGUUGCUAGGUUCAAAUAAGGACUUUCUCCUGGGACGAUGGCUGAAGGCUGCAAAAGCUCUCGGCACUACUGCACAAGAGAAGCAGUUAUAUGAGUACAACGCUCGUAACCAGAUCACACUGUGGGGCCCCCGUGGUGAGAUCGUUGACUACGCCAAUAAACAGUGGGCAGGUGUGGUGUCCCACUACUUCCUGCCUCGUUGGAAUCUGUUCCUCAACGCUCUCAACACUUCUCUAGUCACUGGCACUCCCUUCGACCAAGCACGCACUACUCAAUGGAUUUUCACAGAGGUGGAGGAGUUGUUUGUUCUUGACACUACAACAUUCCCAACAAGCCCAGAAGGUGACAGCAUCGCAAUAGCCAUGGAUAUUCAUGCUCGCUGGCGUAAUCACUUUGUCACACAGCGAUCACAGCGCAGGUUCCGACAUCGUGGAAGAUCUUCACUCACUGUAUCACCUUCCCAAUCCCUUGUCUUCAGCUUCACUGCAGAAGUGUCAUAAUGUACAUUGAAGUACUGCACAUCCAAGAAGCAAGUUUCCAAAUGCUAUAUUGUGUGGCCACAAAUAGUAAUGUCUGUUCCUGUGUUGGAGGUUUGGGUCUUGCCACAUUCAGUACAGAUUUGACCGCAUGUAUUCCCUUUCCUUCACCUCUGCAGAAGAUGUUCUGCAAUACCCUGAAAGUCAUCAAAAUUUCAGUGCAAAAUUGUUAAAAGUGGACUUCAUCAGAAAUAUUUGACAUCAAUAAUUUGUAAACUUCUGGAAAGACAGAUACAUUUAUACUAAGAUACUGAACUGAAUAACUGAAUAACAGUAUGCACUAAUUGGUGCUGUCAUCUAGAGGAAAUGUUCUCAGGAAGUUUGCUUUUGAAAAGAGAACCAAGGAACUCCACAGAGCUGAGUCCUUAUUGAGAAAACAAUAGUUGCUCAGCUACUCAAGAAUUUCUCAACAUUUUAUGGAACCUGAAGGUUCAUUACCAUGUUUACUAGAGCCC